GCUCAGACCAUCUGCCGUUGAAUGACUCAUUGCAGAUGAGAAUGUGUCUUGUGUCUUGUGUCCUUCCUUCGUGCAUGGUUGUUCACAUCCGUGCAGCCCUGGCAUGCGAUGAGAGCAGUGAGCAGCAUGGCAGCUGCUCACGUCUGAUGGCACACCGAGACCUCACGGAUGCAUGUGGCCACACACACAGAUACUGACAGUGACAACCACAUACACACACAACACAACUCACCUGCAACUCACAUCCAUCCAUCCAGCCAGCCAGCCAUCCAGCCACGUCGAUCUUUUCUCUCUCUUCCCCUCACUAUCUCUCUACUAUGUCAUUGGUCGUGUUGUGUGUGGCGUAGCGCACCGAUAGGCACACCCGGCCGCAACGCAGAUCUUGUCACCAGCACAUUUGGUGACAAGAGAUGCGUUCCGGCUCCGAGUGGUAUCGGUAACGCUACGCACCACACACACUCACCCGACGCUCACAAGUACAUCAUGGCCAUAGAAAACACACUGAUCGAAGGAGGGCCAUAGAAGUGCGUACACGUGUGUGUCAUCCCUUCGUGUGCCGCCGCAGACGUCAGCGUCUUCAGCACGAUUGGUCACGAGCAGCGGGUCCGCUGCUGAGAGCUAAUCGCGUAGCGAGAGCUGACGAAUGCGAUCGACACGAAGUGCACACACUGGACAAGGGAUGCGACGCGAAAAAACUCACACAAGAGUGGCAUUUGGCUUUGUGUGUCCGCCUCUCUCCUCUCUCUAUGUACAGAUACAGAUACACACACACGGACUCAGCUUACAUACACAAAUGGAUGGCCAUGAUCACACGAGGCAAAAAAUACACACACCGGUCGGCCGGGCAAUUCACUCCACAAGAGGCCGACGUAUCGACGGAAAAAUAUCACCGUCUGUCUGCCAGGCACCCACCCGCAUUUGUACUGUACAGCUGAUAAGACACUAGCCACAUGGCUGCUAUCGCUUUCUCUGGCGUCCGCCUGAACCCCCCACACACACAGACAGGCAGGCAGAGAUAUGGAGGAAUGCGCGUGAAUGUGUGUGUACGGUAUGCCCCAUCCAUCCCCCUGCUCACGUGUGGGCUCAGAUGCUGGCGGCCUCGCGCUGUCCGAACCCACUGAACACACAGAGACAGACAGACAGACAAGGACAGCACACGAGUAUGAGAGCGCAUGUACUGAGUGCGUGGUGCUUGCCUUGUGUCAUGCGGCGAUCUUUUGCGUCUUGGACUGACAGACACAGACGCAGACACAGAGAGGGAAUCACACCACUAUGGCGUGUGUGUGUGUGUGUGCGUGUGCCGGCACACCUCUGUUCUCUCUGGUCGGCGGUGUGAAUGAUACGUGGAGAUCAUGUCGGUAUAUCCCACCUGUGGACACACACGCGCAUCUACUUCGCGAGCGUGGUGCCAUGCCCUCCCUGUGCGCGUGUGGCACCUGUCCCAUCAGCAGCGGUCAGCGCCACGAGGACCACCACAAUCAGCAGAAUGAACAACCAACGCAUCUUCUCCUGACACACCACAACAGAACACAACACGCACACCACAAUGUAGGCAUCACGGAUCACCCAAUGUAGGCAUGCUCAUUAGUAUGGGUUCGUUACCUUCUGUGUUCAGCUUGGAAGGUGUUGAGGAAAUGAUGUGUCGGCCCGCAGAUGGAUAACCUCGGCUAUAGCCUAAUUGGUUUCUCAAUUGGUUUCGCAACAGAAGGCCGAUAGACCUG